CGGGACUACGCGGUGCCCAACGGCGGCUGGAGCGAUGCUAUGCGGCAGCAGUAUCGGCGCCUCCUCGCCAUGGCUGCCACUGGGGCCUGGGCACGGCUCCCCUCCUACUGCAGCGCCCACCAACACCUCCCGGAGGUGCCAGCGAUGCCGGGGGACACGCGGCUCUUCCUCCGCGCCAUUGAGGGUGCCGGCGUCGGCUUUGAAUACGCCAUGUUUCUCAACGCCGCCGAGUGCCACCCGCUCUGCCUCUUCCAGCCUGGCCCCUACCUGGAGGGACACCCCGGCCUGACCCACGGCGGCGCCAUCACCACCAUCAUCGAUGGCACGCUGGGGACCUGCGCCCUGGCGGUGGCCGGGAAGGUGAUGACGGCCAACCUCAGCAUCGACUACCUGGUCCCCGUCCCGCUGGGUGCUGCGGUGCUACUGGACGGCCGUGCCGAGCGGCUGGAGGGGCGCAAGGUUUUCCUCUCCUGCCACGUCCAGAGUGCCGAGAGGGACACGCUGCAUGCUCGGGCCACCGGUCUUUUCAUCUGGCUGGACCCCACUAAGCACCGGACGCGGGAGGAGGACGGUGGCCGGUAGCCAUCCCCGGUCACCCCGUGUGUAUGUCCCCACUGUGUCCCCCCCCGUGUGUCCCCCCCACCUCAGUUUCCCCAGGUGGGGCUGCAGGGGGCCACAAGCACCAGCUCCACUGCAGAUCACCCCUGGUGUCCCUGGUGUUUCUGUGGGCUUCAGCCGUGUCCCCGGGGGUCACAGGUGGGACCCCAUGGCCAGGAUGGUCCCCCGUGGGGGAGGGGGGGUAGGGACCCCUUUGGGACCCCCCCCCACACG